UCGCAACAACAUGCUGCACUUUUCAGCGUUUGUCAUUUGUGUAUUUGCAGCCAUUGUAUACUCUCAUGAACUAUACAACGAGGGUAUUGUAUCAGAUACAAUGAUUUUAAAAGACCAUCGAGAUCAAGAAGACCCACAUUGCACCCAUCAUAUCCACAAGUUCUAUCGUCAUAUGAAGUGUGAACCAGAAAUAUCUGCUGGAGCCAAGUGUCCAACAAGCUACAAAUGUGCCACGCUCAGAGAUAGAAGCACAGACCGCUGCUACUACGGUGGGAAAUCCUACAACGUAGGCUUCAACCUCACCAGUGCCAUGGUGGAGUUUCAUUCACCCUGUAUACAGAGCUGCCAGUGUGUCAGGAUGUACGAGGGAAGUGCAGACCUCUGCUACUACGGUGGGAAAUCCUACAACGUAGGCUUCAACCUCACCAAUGCCAUGGUGGAGUUUCAUUCACCCUGUAUACAGAGCUGCCAGUGUGUCAGGAUGUACGAGGGAGAUAGAAACGCAGACCUCUGCUACUACGGUGGGAAAUCCUACAACGUAGGCUUCAACCUCACCAAUGCCAUGGUGGAGUUUCAUUCACCCUGUAUACAGAGCUGCCAGUGUGUCAGGAUGUACGAGGGAGCUAGGUUCUACUGCUCCCACAACAACCGAAGGCCUAAAGUCUGUCCCGCACCUUCUGGAUGUCGUCACUACAGCUUCCUCGAGGACUUCACUUGCUGCCAAAGAGGGGUCGUCAGCUGCAACAAAGGGAAGCCCGAUAGUGUCAAGUGCGUACAUGGAGGCUUGUCCUACAGCGAAGGAGAAAAGUUCUUUCCACACGAUGACAUCACAUGUACUCAGUGUGUAUGUGCUUCUGGGUAUAAUGGCACCAUAGCACCGCCCUAUUGCCAGCAGUUCGCCUGCGACCUAGAGUUGUGGGGUGACACCCCUAUCAUGCUAACUAGGGGUUGUAUCCCCAUGUACCUCAGUGAACAUGGCUGCUGUCCUAUCAGCUUUAGAUGUCCAAAACCGAGUGAUCGGAUCAUCAAAUCUAAAGAAGUCAGUGUCAUAAAAUCAGGUAAACACUGCAGGUUCGGCAAUCUGACGAUGGACGUUGGUGACAAACUCUCCCCCUGGCUGGAGAGGAACACCAAGGAGGUCGAGUGUUCCUGCAGGGUUCCCCCCAUGGCUUCGUGUGUCCGCCGGAACUUUACGAUGACACCCGAACUUCGCCGAGAAUUCGCACGAGAAGGACUCGAAAAUAAGUCUUAGAAACUAUAAAUUGUUAUAUUUGCCGUAGGCUAUGUUAUUAAGUCAUUUAGUCAUGUUCUAAUGUUAAUAAGAGCUGUGCUGGAAUAUAUAUUGCUUCAC